AUGUGCAACGCUUCUGCUUGGGUUGAUGAUCAUGAAGACGCGCCGUCCAAGGGACAGCAAUACGACGAGACAGCAGAAGAGGUAGAGGAGGUGGAAGACACCGCCGCAACAGCGAGCGACGACGAUGAGGUUUACGAAGUUACAGACCGAUCGGAAGAUGGCGCAGAGAUAGUCCGGGGAAAGGAGAGACCAGAGCUUGCUCACCAUCUACAGAACGACAGCUCAAUCCUAGCUCUCGUGGUUGGAGAUCGCUAUAUAUACGCGGGAACACAAGAUGGGGAAAUUGUUGUUUGGUCAUUGGCAUCUUUCGAGCUCGUGCUUCGCAUUCAAGCACACACCAGAGCUGUCUUGUGCCUCUUCCUCUCUGCAGACGGCCAGCUUUUGUUUUCUAGCGCGGGGGAUGCCAUUGUCAACGCAUGGUGCCCAGUCAACCUGAAGCGUAUAUACCAUAUAUACAGCACCUAUGAUGUUGGGGACGUAUUCAGUGUGGCAUAUUCGCAGCAAUUCCAGACGGUCUACCUCGGGGCGCAAAACACUAGCAUUCAAUGGUGUAGUUUGAAGGACUCAGCAGCACGGCCGCGACCAAAUCCAGAAAGCCAUCCAGAUCGACGAAAUCACCGAUUCUUCGACUCAGUACAGCAUGGCGGGACCUCGACUCCUCGGCCUCUCCCUAGCCGAACCUCUGUUACGGACGGAGAAGUACUAGAAAUCGACAAGGCACAUAUGAAGCACUAUGCGCACUUCGGUUAUGUCUAUUGCAUGCUUCUCGUCAGAGGGGUGACAAGGCUGGUCGAGUCUGAUGAAGAUGUUUUGAUAUCAGGUGGAGGCGAUGGUACGAUCAAAAUCUGGAAGCUUGCUCACGGCAAUCAAGACAUUACAGAGGUGGCUUGUUUAGGGGAAGACGAUGCCGAGUCGGUCCUCUCAAUGGCUGUGGAUGGAUCAUUCCUCUACAGUAGCAAACUGGAAGGUGUGGUUGAGUUGUGGGACCUGGACACCAAGCAAAAGCUGCGAGUUAUCAAGGCGCACAGAGGCGACGUGAUGACUUUGCAAAUGGGCUGGGGCUUCCUCUGGAGUGCCGGAUCUACAGGUUUCGCAAGGAAAUACAGCACUGUCCAAUAUGGCAAAUAUCAAAACUCUUCCCAGUUCAAUCAACAGUACCAUUGUGUAAAUCGUUGGAAGGCCCAUGAAGGCCGUAUACUAGCUUCAGCAGUAACCACAUAUAAUGGUCAGCAACUUUAUAUCACAGGUGCUAACGAUAAUUCGGUCUCUAUCUGGAAUAUAACAGAUCGCAGGCUUGAAACUCGAGGAAGGCCCGAAAUAGCAGACAGUCAACUCAUGAAAUCUCUGCAAGAGUUUGUGUCGUUCAAGACAAUUUCCUCGCGACCAGAUCAUGCUGAGGACUGCCGAAGAGGAGCUACCUUUCUUCGAACGCUGUUCAAGAAACAUGGGGCUCAGACGGAGAUGCUUAAUACAAGUGAUGGCCGCAAUCCAGUUGUGUACGCUAAGUUUCGAGGCAAUUCUGAAACUUCCAGUAAGAGAAAGAAGAUCUUGUUCUACGGGCACUACGACGUUGUUCCUGCCGACAACAAGCAAGACAAGUGGAUUGUCGAUCCGUUUGAUAUGAAAGGUGUUAAUGGCUAUCUAUAUGGCCGAGGCGUAUCAGACAACAAAGGCCCAAUCAUGGCAGCUCUCUACGGUGUGGUAGAUCUUGUACUCGCACAGGAGCUCGAAUCCGAUAUUACCUUCUUGAUCGAAGGUGAGGAAGAAUCAGGAUCACGCGGUUUUAAAGAAGCAGUCCGUCAACACAAGGAUCUUGUGGGCGAAAUCGACUAUAUCAUACUCGCUAACAGUUAUUGGCUCGACGAUGAGGUGCCUUGCUUGACUUAUGGCUUGCGAGGCAUGCUGCAUGCGACUGUAGAAGUCGACAGUAAUCACCCUGAUGUUCACAGCGGUGUAGAUGGUAGCUUCAUGAUGGACGAACCCUUAUUUGACCUGACCUCGGUAUUGGCAAAGCUAAAGGGACUCCACAAUCGCAUACAGAUUCCAGGGUUUUAUGACAAUAUCCUCCCCUUAACAGCAGCAGAAUCAGCUCGGUAUGAUGAUAUUACAGAAGUGUUGAUCCGUCGCAACCCAGAGCUAGGGCCGCCAGAAACUCUCAAAGCAUCGCUAAUGGCAAGAUGGCGUGAGCCGAAUCUGACAAUCCACCGAUAUAAGGUGUCCGGUCCUGACGGUUCUCUUGUAUCGUCUCAUGCGAGUGCCGCGAUCUCGUUGCGUCUUGUCCCGAAUCAGGAGGUUGAAGAGGUCAUUCGAUCUCUUACCACGUUUCUUUCAGAAGCAUUCGCAACACUCGACACACACAAUCACAUGUCCAUCGCGAUUGACAACCAAGCUGAUGCUUGGCUCGGGGAUCCAGACAACGAAAUAUUUCAAACGCUGGAGGAAGCGAUUAUGGACGUCUGGGGCCCGAUUGGAGAAUCGAGGCGCUCAAGUGUACCCGGACCGAAACCAAAGCAACAGCUCCCAAAAAUGCUAACCCCAACCGCGAGUCCGAGUUUGAAACCAACACCUGCAACUACGAAGACUUUGACAAAUGGAAGUGACCACACAUCUCUCGCAUCGACGCCACUUGACACGUCUCUCCUCGAUGACCCCGCGCUCUCCCCAAUCACAAAUGGCAGUUCUAGCCCACAGAAGAGACGUGGAAGGAAGCCAUUGUACAUACGUGAAGGAGGCUCAAUUCCAAGCAUCAGGUUCCUGGAAAAGGAGUUUGGGGCACCUGCAGCUCAUCUGCCAUGCGGCCAAGCAAGCGACAGCGCCCACCUUGACAAUGAGCGGUUGAGAGUCAGCAAUCUCUACAAAAGUCGUGAAAUUUUUAGAAAGGUUUUCAAGGAGUUACCAAGAAAAUGA